AUGGCGUUUUUGGCUAUGCCGAAAGGGUUUCGUUUCGAAGAGGAGAAUGGCGACCGCAGGGAACAAGAAAGAGCUGAUGUUAUCACCAUUCAAUUCAGGGGAUAUUGUGCCGAAGCAAUUUAUAAAGCACAGGCUGAAACAAGUGAAAUCAAAGGGCAUUACUUAAACGCUACUGCAGGUACAUGUGAAGAGAUGAUCAAAAGAGCUGUAUUUGCCAGAGAAUUGGGGGUUCCAAUCGUAAUGCAUGAUUACUUAACAGGGGGAUUCACUGCAAAUACUAGCUUGGCUCAUUAUUGCCGAGAUAAUGGUCUACUUCUUCACAUCCACUGUGCAAUGCAUGCAGUUAUCGAUAGACAGAAGAAUCAUGGUAUGCACUUUCGUGUACUAGCUAAAGCGUUACGUAUGUCUGGUGGAGAUCAUAUACACGUUGGUACCGUAGUAGGUAAACUUAAGGGGGAAAGAGAGAUUACUUUAGGCUUUGUUGAUUUAUUACGUGAUGAUUUUGUUGAAAAAGAUCGAAGUCGCGGUAUUUAUUUCACUCAAGAUUGGGUCUCUCUGCCAGGUGUUUUGCUUGUGGCUUCAGGGGGUAUUCACGUUUGGCAUAUGCCUGCUCUGACCAAGAUCCUUGCAGAUGAUUCUGUACUACAAUUUGGUGGCGAAACUUUAGGACACCCUUGGGGAAAUGCACCUGGUGCCGUAGCUAAUCGAGUAGCUCUAGAAGCAUGUGUACAAGCUCGUAAUGAGGGACGUGAUCUUGCUCGUGAGGGUAAUGAAAUUAUUCGUGAGGCUAGUAAAUGGAGUCCUGAACUAGCUGCUGCUUGUGAAAUAUGGAAGGAGAUCAUCGAAUUCGAAGCAAUGGAUACUUUGUAGUCCAGUAAUUACUUACUGUUAGUUCUCUUAAUUGAAUUGAAAUUAAACUCG